AGAAAUAAAAAUCAGAUUUAAGUCCUCUCAAGUACAUCUAAGAGCGGAAAUCAGUCUAGCAAUGGCACCAAAACGUCACAAGACUUCUGGGGGUCCGCCAGCCAAGGCAGCUCGUGGGUUGGAGACUGCUGGCAAAGCUCGCCAAGAGCUGGAGAAUCUGCUUGUUGAACGCAAUCAGCUCAAGUCGAAGCUAUCGACUGCCGUCACCGAAAUCGAGAUGCUAAAGGCUUCUACCAAGAAAUUGGAUGAGAGCUACAAUAGUUGCGUCCAAGGACUGUUGAUCGGCAUGGAGGCGAUGACUAAGUUGUUGACCUCGGGCAAGCAUCAUCUGCCGCAGCGCCAGGUGCAUACUGUUAGCAACAAGCUGCAAGAUGUGGUAAAUAAGGUAAAGGAUCUGUCCGUCACGUUGGCCGAGACGCAGAUCCCGUGUCAAACCGGAACCAGUGCCGAGCGUGAGGAAAUCGAAAGCUUGCUUCUCACACAAAAUAUGCUCUUUGAAGAGUUUGAGGAGAAGCUGUUCGAGAAGGAGCAGACUUGCCGCGACCUGCAAUACGAUAUGGAGCAGCAGGAGGAGACCCAUUUGAAGGAAAUCGAUGAACUGAAGAAUCAAAUCGAAGAACUUAAUGCAAGUCGUGUCGAUCCCUCUUACAGAACUUGCUCCAUCUGCCUGGAGCCGUGGAGCUCGUCGGGCAGCCACCGUGUGACCGCACUGAUCUGUGGCCACGUCUUCGGAGAUAUGUGCAUCAGGGAGCAUCUGAUUGGCGCCUCGGAGUGCCCCAUGUGCCGCACGCCUGCCGACAUCGCGGACUUGCGUUAUCUGUUCCUUGAAACCCCCUUUACUGAAUAAUAAUUCCUAUUCAGAUG